AUGAUGCAAUCUAAUAUCAAUCCAAACGCCACAGAUUUUCCUACAGAGCUGUGUGCUAAACCCCAAGCUCUUGUGGGAAUUUCAGGCUUAGAUAUUCUGAACAAUGCCAUCCACAAAUCAAUAUGGGACACUUUCAGUAGUAACCGACGUGUUGAGAGAGCACCAGUAGUUUUUAAACUCAUAGGAAAUGCUCAUGAAUUUCCAGUGGUCAAACCAAAAAGGAGUUCCUAUGACUGGUACAUUCCAAAAGGGAUUCUAAAAAAAAACUGGCUACACAAACAUCUAUUUGAGAUACCAGCUGUUACUGUAAUAUUCUAUGAUUUAGAUUGGAGUGAUCCACAAUGGAAUGAAAAGAUGAUAGAAUGUGCUUCAAGAGUACAGUCAAUGAGAGCUGCUCUUGAAGGUAGAGCUUGCAAAUUAACUGUUGUUCUCAUUCAAAAUAGCCUUCCUCUUCCUGCUGGUGAGGAUGCCUUGGCUGCUGAACGAGCAGUUGCCCUAUGCUCUAGUUGUGAGCUUAAUUCUCAAUCACUUUUUGUUUUGCCCCAUGGUGAUCACCUUCAGGGUUAUGCUGUUAGGCUAGAAACAGCUUUCUAUGAGUUUGCUCAGACCUAUUAUCAUAAUGAAGCCAAACAUGUGAAAUCUCAUAAAGAUCAUCUAAAUAAGAAUUCACAUCAGUAUUUAUUUGUCAGGCACCAGUUCAAGCUAGGAAUUUUAUAUGAGUUGAAGCAAGAUAUUCAUUCCUCUCAUAAGCACUACACUCAUGCAUACAACAAUCUACUGGAAAUAAGGAUAGUAGAUACAAAUGCUUUGGAGAUUCGUACAAUAGCUGGGUUCAUAAAUUACAAGUUGUGCAGGUUAUUGUUUGCUCUAAACUUGCCAAGAGAUGCCAUUUCACAGUUCAAAUCUCACAUAGAUAGAUUCAAAUCUAGAUUGGGAUUCCAAGAGUUGUCUUUUGAACAUUAUGCUUGGUUGUCUAAACAAUAUUCUGUAUUUGGUGAUAUUUUCGAUGAAGCAGUCAAACUUGGUCUUCCAGCAGUCCAGACUCAACACCCAGGGCUAUACUAUCAACAGGGUGCCCAUUAUGCCACAAUGAGGAAAAAAUCAUGUCAAGAAUUAUGUUCAAGUGUUACUACAUACCCACAACCAGAUCCUUUAGAAGGUGCUAUUCAUAUGGAAUUUUUUGGUCAAAGACCUUGGAGGCCAGGUAAAAUAUCAGCAGAGCCUCCUGAUCCUCAUUUGGAGUCUAACGGAAUUCAGGCUAUGCAAUUUCUGGAAAGACAAGUGAAUCAUUCAAAUCUGAUUAUAGCUUUAUAUGGUUUGGCUAUCACCCAAUAUAAAACCUACAGAUGUCCACGUACAAGACGACAUUUAGUAUUACAAAUGGCCGACGAAUACUAUGAUUCAAAGGAUUAUGGAAAAGCCUUAACGUUAUACACUCACAUGUUGUGGGACUUUCGUAGCGAAAAAUGGUGGUCCAUUCUUUCGCAAAUUUUAGAAAAAGCCAUCAGGUGUGCCUACCUCACUGCUAAUAUCCAGGAUUAUGUUCUGUUAGCUAUAGAAUUUCUCGGUACUGAUGUGUGUGUUAGUUUGGAUGAAAAGCGCAGAGUUUAUGAGAAUUUAAUCAGAAUCCUGAAGAAACAAAUACCCUUUGGCAACACGAAACUUCCACAAGAUAUCCUACAAGGUGCCAUAAUUUUGUGGCAACCUGUGUUCACUGAAAAAUCGCUCAGCUUUUCAUUAGAUAUGGGCAACAUAGUAUCUUGUAUUGCUACUAAAGGCAGGUUCAUGAAAACGGCCUACGAAGUUGAUCAGAAUGUGACGAUAGAAGUUUACAUCAGAAGUACUUGUCCGUUUCCUUUGACGUUUUCCAAAGUUUCUGUCACAGUAAAUACUCAGGGGUAUAGUUCGGAAUUUGCUGUUACGAAUUUGGAAAAUAUAUCCCUAAGUUUCCAUAAAGAUGAGGUCAAGAGAUUCUUGGUAGUGUUCAUGGCAGAUUCCAAUGAUAUUAAUAAAGAAAUUCAGAUUGGAUCAAUCAAUUUACUAUUAGGAAAUCCUCAAGAAUGUUGCCUAGAUCUCAAGUACACCUCUUUGAACGAAACCAAUGGAAAUCACAUAGAACUCACUCAUUUCAAGUACAGUCUCGACAAAUUGGAUUUUGAUAAUAUCCAAUUGUUGCCUAAGGCCACUGUAGUUCCCAGAGAAUCCAAAUUGAGGGUGGAAUUCGACCAUGAAGAUCCUGCCCUUUUGGGAGAGUGGUAUAAGAUAAAAGUAGGGGUUGUCAAUGAGGAAAUGUUUGGUAUAACAGAUUUGAAGAUAGAGGUGGGGCUCGAAGAAGAAAUUGCUGACGUGGAAAUAUCAUUAAGGCCAGAACCAUCGCAUACCAGAGAAGGCAUCGUCCUGACAAAUGUCGACACUCUGGAACAUGGUGAAGAACUGGACUCUUUCUUUUUCAUCAGAUCCAGCCUAGUCUGCAAGUUCAACUUACAAGUCAAACUGGCAUACACCUUGAACAGAGAAAAGCCAGUCUUCAGCAGCAAGACUGAAAUAGUUGCUUUAUCGGUAGUGGAACCUUUCGAGGUUUCCACUAAAUAUUUGUCGCUUUUGAUGAACGAAAUCGAUAAAUUUUAUGUGGGGGAAGAAUUUGGGGUCAUGAAGUAUCUGAUGUUCACCUCACCUUGGUCUAUCAUCAUAGAAGACACUUCAUUUGAAUAUACGAAUCCACUAAGGCCUGCUGAAAAGGCUUACAAUAGUCAGCUUGUGGAAAAAACCUUCAAUACUGGUGAAAUAGGUGCCGAAAUACACUUAGCUGCCUGUGAUAAAUCGUGCGAACACAAUUUGACCAUCGGACAGUAUUCCAUAAGGUGGAGAAGAAAAAACGGAUAUACAACCUCGACUAACCUUCACAUAACUGGACUGUCCUGUGAUUGGAUACCGCUCGGUAUAAAACUAAGAGUGCCUGCCCACGGAUUUGUAAGGACUCCAAUGAUACUGAGCUACCUUAUUGAAAACAGAUCUACAGACCUGAUUCAGUUAGAAGUAUCUAUGGAAGCAAGUGAAGCUUUCAUGUUUGCAGGAUAUAAACAGUUCGUGAUAUCAAUUCUUCCGAAAUCUGUUAGGACACUCCAGUACAAUUUGAACCCCUUGAUAGCAGGCAAUGUAGCCUAUCCAAAAUUGUCACUAAAACUCCCAGAAAAUGCCGUCGAAGAUAAAGUUCCAAGUAUUAUUGAUCAGGAAGAGUUGAAUUUGCUCAUUCAGAGGUCCCUGUCUACACAUAUCUAUGUCAUGCCCCAAGCCAAGGGUCAACCCAAACUUCCAACUGUAAUAUCACCUAAAAAGAUAAUGUUUGUUAGUUAAUUGA